UUUGACAGCUUAUCUAUGACGGCCACAUGCACAUGGUGUUCGACCCAUAGAGAUAAUGCGGUUGAAGCAAUGGAUCAACAAUUUUGUUUGCGUUGGAACAAUCAUCCUACAAAUUUAACUGAUGUCCUGAGUAGUUUAUUAAGAAGGGAGGCACUAUGUGAUGUUACAUUAGCAUGUGAUGGAGAAACCUUCAAAGCACACCAAACAAUUCUUUCAGCAUGUAGUCCUUAUUUUGAAACAAUAUUUAUACAAAAUGCUCAUCCACAUCCUAUAGUUUUUCUCAAAGAUGUCAAUUACAACGAAAUGAAAGCACUGCUAGAUUUUAUGUAUAAAGGUGAAGUUAAUGUGUCGCAGAACCUAUUGCCUAUGUUCCUAAAAACUGCUGAAGCUCUACAAAUAAGAGGUCUUACGGAUAAUAACUCCCUCAACAAUAAAAGUGAGGAAAUAGGUGUUGUGCCAAAGAGGGAAAAAGAACAAGAUAGAUGUUUAGAAAGGUACUCUCCUCCUAGUGAGAAACGAAAACGAAAGUCUGCAAGCUGUGAUAACUCAAAUUCAGUUUCUGACAGGUUUAGUGAGUCUCAGGUCCCACCUCAAAGUAAUUAUAAAUCGAGUCCCACUUUACCAAAGUUGAACCCUAUAUCACCGUCCGAUAGAGAUGGCUUUGGGCCAGAAGAUAUGAGAGUAUCAUCACCUCAUAUUAAGCAAGAACCAGCACCAGAUUCCAGUCCCCUGAUAGACUCUUUUCAUUCGAUGUCAGAAACACUUCAAACAGGUGGUAGUGUAAGUGUCCAUUCGGAGGAAAUGAAGCUGCAAAACCUAUCAGAUCAGGGUGAGAACGACGGUGCCUCAACGAUACCGCCACCUGAAAUGGCAGAUACAAUAGACGAUAUGAAAUGUUACAAGGUGUCGCAGCUGUUCGAGAGGGUGGGAAGCAUGGACGAGAGACGAAGAUGCGUUCUGUGUGGAAAAAUCGUGAGCAAUACUAGGAACCAUUAUUACGUUCAUUUUCCGGGCCAGUACUCGUGUACGCAGUGCCCCGCAGUUUACACCAGAAGUGACACGUUGCUGUUACACAUGCGGACCAAGCAUCCAGGCCUGGCUUAGCUAAUUCUCUCGGUCUAGUAGGGAGCGAUAAUCACGCCCGCGCCGUUAACGGGUUUGAGUACGGUGAGAAAAGUUUGAGACGGUUUUCCGCCUACUUUAUCGCCAUCCUUCUAGACUCCAGGAGUGUGGAUUGUGAACAUAAUGAAGGUUGACUGGUAAAAUGUACAGUAAACAUAGAAAAUCAUAUCAUAAACCUCAUAGCUUUUAUCUCGAUAUGACCAUAGUUUAUGGGAAGUGAUAAAAAAUAGGCUGUGUCUAGAGCCCGACUCGGGACUCGUGUCCAGUCCCGAGUGACGUCAUUCCGGACUGAUAUUCGGUCCCGAAUUCAACUAUGCACUGCACUGGUGCUUUGAAAUUAUUGAGCAGUGGGAAGAGUAGCGAAAAACUCAAUUUUCAGUACAAAUCAUAAGCCUAUACCCAAUCAAAUAGAAACAAUGAUUCAUAUUUCAAUCGGGCAUGUAGAUUUGAGUUGCUAUAAAGAUAAAUAUGUUGUUAGUAUACAAUUUUACUUUCAAAUCAUCACAUUUAUAAAGAGAAAAAAGAGCAAUCUUGAAAUGAAACAUCUAAGAUGGACAUUUUGAACAGAACCACUAUCUUUACCUUUUUCGCUAAAUUUUCAUACACUUCAAAUAAAAAUACAUUUUAUUGAGAUGCCGCAGCAUUGUGUCGUUAUUUCGUAUGAAAUGUUAUAUAUUUCACAAAUAUAUUUGUCAGCUUCCUUUCUCUAUCACAUUCUUUUUAGUCAAGAAUGGCCGUUAGGAAGAGGUUCUUUUCUGAAUCAAAAAGUACGUCUGGCAAUUCCUCUGGAUCAAUUUACACUAACCAAUUCCCAACUUUCUCACUAUUUAGAAUUGCAUACUUGCUUCUUCCAUUCUCAAAUUAAAAGAUUUUCUCCUGCCUUUUCAAUCUUGAUUUAGAAAAAGCCCACACAAUUUUUUGAUAAAGUAUCACUCCUUGAAUUUUGUCGCAACUAUUCAUAAAUAAUUUUAUACGGUUCGCGAACAUAACCUCAAAAACCUUUUACAAUGUCGGGACUGGACAAGGGUCCCGAGUAAGGACAAGAGACCUGUUUGGUAAUUGAGUCAUUUGAUUUCGUCAGUCGGGACAGGAUACGGAUCCCGAGUCGGGACUCAAGUCAUAGCCUAAAAAAUAAAGUGAGGUCGAGAGCAAACAAUACCAAAUUACAUUUAGAAUUUCGAAUAGUUGGUAGAUAUAGUUAAGUUUGCAAGUCGCUGGUAUAGGGAUCAUUAUAAUUAUGGAGGAUACUCUGCAUAAUUCUAAUUAAAAUUGUUGAUUCGAUACUCACUGGAUUAUGAAAAUAAUCGAAUACUUAAGGCCCUGCCGCUUAGGCCGCCCAUUUACAGUGAACGUAAGCCGCAUUUUUAACGCGAUUUCAACUUAAAACGUGAAGUUGAAGUAUUGGUUUUAUCUGAAAGUGUUCACAAUACGAAGCUUCAUAGAAAUGACAUAAGUAAUGAAGGUGAAGUUGUUAUAACAGGCAAAUCGAUCUGGGCUGAAAAUAGUCUCAGACGAUUGGGUUAAACUCAUUGAUGAAGAAUUCGCAUCGAGUAAGUAUUGGAAUAAACUUAUUUUGGUUAGAAAUUCUUUAUCUUACGAUUCGAAGGAUUUCUUACCUAAAAAAGUUUCCGGCUCUGUAUAGAACUUUUGAGACAGCUAACUUUCUUUGACAACAAUUUUAUCAUUCCUUGGAUACCAGGUUUGAUAACUUAUGUCGGAACAUGAUUUUUUUAAUUUAGAAAAAUUAUCUCCGAUAAACAUUGAAGUGAAAGAUUAUUCUUAUUAUCUACUCAUUCUUCAAUGAUGGGCUCUACGAAAUCUUGUACUUGUCUUCCCCUUUUUUUAUGUGCCUUUAUAAUAAUGGAAGCAAUAUCACAAUAUCUUAAAUCCUUCAACAGAGAUUAAACUUUUAUUGUUUGAAACAUUAAGAAAUAUUUGACAGUUGCUAAAAUUUUCCAUUUCGAAAGUAAGAGUUGGUACAUUAAUGUUGCAUUGUGAACACCUUCCGAAUUACGUCAAUAUUAUGUUUACGUUUGAAUUACGGCUCACGUUAAUUCUGAACUAGCCAUAUUCCCUGGCCAUAUUCCCUGCCCACCGCGUUUCGGCGUUAUUUUUGUAUUACGCCAAAUUGCAUUUUCCCUGACAUAAAACUUUUUAUCCUUGGAACGUGAAUGCGUGGAAUGGCCAUUGCAGUGCUACGAAUGCCUUAGUUGUUGUAGUACAUACAUUCGAUACUAUUUUAUCAAGCGCGACACUAAGGCAGUGGCCCUACAUAGAUAAAUAUAAAUAUAUAAUAUAAAUACCUGGAUAAAUUUAUAUCGUUUCUAUUUUGUCGCAUUGAUAAUUAUCGGCAAGAAUGUCAGAGCCAACUAUCCCCAUUGCGAUUGGCGAUACGAAGCAACGAUCUCACUCCAGUAUUUGGCCAACAAAAAAUGUUUAUUUUCCAUUCCUUGCAUUCCAAGGUUUUAUGUCAGUGAUUCGUUUAGGAAACACGGCGUCGCACGUUCAGGUUGUACAAAAUUAUUAGGAUUCCGAGUGUUCUGCCUCUAUUUCUUUCAGUAAGUUAUUUUCAAUAUGGUAAAAGUACUUAUACUCAUAUUUUUACCACAUGCCAGUCAAAUCUUAAAGAGAUGUAGUGAAGCAGGCGGAAGUAUGGAAAUUGAUAGCUGAAUAUUCUAGACGGGCAUUAUUCUGAAUUAUUAUGUAGUUAAGCAAGCAGCUUUAACUACAGUUGAUACAUCUGGUUCUAUUGGUCUUCAAAGUACACGCCAUGUCAUAGCACGUAA